CCAAGCAAACCAGCUGAAAUGAAAUGAGAUGAGAUGGAUGGGAGAGGGUUAGCUCCUGAGCCAACUCAACUUGGAUUUCACCUAUCACCUAACUUCAUAUCCUCAUGGAUCCCUACCCCUCCCAUUUCACCUCUAUAAAACCCUCUCCUCCCUCUCAAACCCAACAUUAACCCUUUUCCUCUUUAUCUUCUUCUUCUGAUUGCUCUCAUUCACUUCCUCCAAAGAAAACCACAAUCACCAAACAGCAUCAAAGCAUAGCCUAAGAAAAUGAUCAAGAACAUGAAACAGCUUAUUCACCUCCAACAUUCCUCAUCACUUCUCUUACUGAUCAUGAUGACCCCCCUCUUCACCACAACCUUAGCUCAGUCACCCACAAGCAGCCCAGCCCCUUCUGGCCCUACCAACAUCACAGCAAUACUAGAGAAGGCUGGGCGGUUCAGCAUCAUGAUCAGGUUACUGAAGAGCACCGGAGUUGGAGACCAGCUCAACUCAAUACUCAAUACCUCAAACCAAGGCCUCACCUUCUUUGCCCCACCAGACAAUGCCUUCUCAAGUCUCCCCACAGGGACACUUAACUCCUUCACAGAUCAGCAGAAGAUACAGUUGGUACAGUUUCAUGUGCUCCCUACUUAUGUUCCAGUCUUACAGUUCCAGACACUGACCAACCCUGUUCAGACACAGGCAGGGAACAGCCGUAAUAGCCAGUUUCCAUUAAAUAUCUUAACUAAUGGAAGUAGUGUGAACAUGACUACUGGAAUUGUUAAUGCCAGUGUGGCCGGCACUAUUUACACAGAUGGGCAAUUGGCUGUGUAUCAGGUGGAUCAAGUGCUCCUCCCCUUACAAUUUUAUGUUUCACCUCCACCGGCUCUGCCUCCAGCCCCCACUCCGGCUCCAUCGAAGAAGAAGUCCCAUUCGUCCGAUGCC